AUGAUAAUAUUCAAUUUCCUUUUCAUCGUAAGUUAUAUUGUUGUUUUUUUUCCUACGGAGAUUUUAUUCCGAGGGAAGUUUUUCGUCUUUGUAAACAAAACAGCUGGUUUAAUCGCCUAAACUUUAUGCAAGUAAAGCAGCUAUCAACAUACGUUUACAGAAUGCACUUGUUUGCCUCAUUCCGUAGCACUGCUUUCGUUCGCGCCUUUGCUCCGUAUGGGCUCUACGGGUUUUCUAAUUGAUGCUCGACGACCACUUUUGAGCGAAUCCCGAUGUCCCAUGAUGUCGCCCAUUUAGGCAGGUGGAGUAACCUUGGGCCCCGUUUAAACCUGACCCGCUCUGUAGUACCGUCUCCCAAAAAUAGGGCCAGUAGUAAAUAUGUUUGCACCCCACAAAAAAACUAAUCAGGUGGUGGGUUUAAUGCUGCCUUUUUCUGUAUAUCCCACAAAAUUGACCGUGGUCAUGAUGGACUGUCUCACUGCUGCCAGAAAACGGAGCGGUGUUCUCUCUAGUCCAGUGAAAAAUAAUGCAUAAAGUCUGGUUAUUUCACCGCCUCUGGGCAAUGCUUGAGUGGUCACAAAAUACUCCAAAUAGGCUUCUAUCCGCUUCUCAAGGUCAUCUCUCUCCUUUACUCAAAACGUUCAGAACAGCCCAGUUUUUCGUUGUGUUUUGGAGGGCCCUUGUAGUUUUUUCCGCUGCGCCUUCUAUUUUUUUCGGCUUCCAAAAUAGGAAGACUUCCUAAAAACACCAGAUAAUCGCUUUGAUUUCUGCCACUUCGUUAUCGGCGCUCCAAAGAUUGCCGGUGCCAAGUUAAUAGCUGUGUGACCCUCUACACUUGAUCAGAAAUACUUUCGGCAUCACUCGCCACCGGGUACAGGUGGGAGAGUUUCUAUAAUAACCAGAUUUAGCUUGUGAUAUGGUCGAAGAGGAAUUGCUUGUUGGUUAAGGUGUGCCCAGAUGUGUCCGAUGGCACUUAUCUCUUCCCUGAAAACCUGUUGAGUUCGGAUUGUUGUCGCCAACAUAAGUACUGCUGGACAGCUCGACAGUCAGUGCCAACUGUUAUUUUGGAAUAGCCGAAUCAAUGGUUGAAGUGAAGCCGAUGAAUCGCCGAGUUCUAACAGUGUUCAUCAAUUGGCCAUUCUCCGUCGGAAGUGUCUACAACACUGGCAUGCAUGCGCGUCUAUUCUGGCUGACGUUUCAAGACGCUCAAGAAUCGUCUAUUGGCUAUAAGGACAUAGGAGUCAGCCAAAUGGGCAGGUACCAAAGCGUCAAUCGUUCCGGGUUUGCCCCUUUCAGCCCUUUGAACUUUUCAGCAUUGUCGUCAUGCUUUUUGUCCCAUCGUUUAAUUGAUCAGUUAUAGCUUAAGUGGUUAAGUCAGACCUGGAGAGAAUGGUAGGCUUGGUCAUCAUCCGUGUUCGUGAUGGAGCCUCUCGGACAACGGUUUUUUGUCCGACUGUCGAUUUCAGAGCAUGGGUCUAGGUAGUUUCUUGUAGCCGGCUAAAGUACCAUUGGUGCUAGCCCAUACUAGUUUAGCUUGUAUCCUUGUGUCUUUAAUAACCUAUUAUCAUGUCGCCUGACCUGAAAUCCCAGAUCGCACCUAAUCUUGGGUUCCAGACCCCCCACAAAGGUAAUAACUAUCGGAACUUGUACAAAUCGACGCUCUUCAGGUAUUUGGUUUAGCGUGUUAAUUGUUCAUUCCUGUCGUUUCAUUCGACUCAUGUUCCACUUCUUCUUCGCCAAGCUUCGUUGCUGGAAUUGUUUUCCUUUCGCAAGCAAGUAUAUCUACCUGUGACAACUUUUUCAUUUUCCAGCUCAUCGGCCUUACUGUUGUGGGACUUGGUAUAUACCUUCUCGUAUCGGGUUACGUUAGUGAACCGGAUGGUCGACUCAGCAUUCUCGCUUUCCCUUGUAUCGGCCUUACUAUUCUCGGAAUCAUACCCGUUUUUCUUGCAAUUUGCGGGUGCUGGGGUGCCCUGCGCUUCAAUCGUUGCUGCCUCGGAUUGUACUUCACAUUCCUACUCUUCGUAUUCGCAGCUGAGAUCGCAACUGGUAUUGCAGGCGUUGUCUACAAGCAGCAGGUAAGUAAUUUCAAUUAAUGGGUUGGCCGCGACCACGUGUUCACAGAUGUUCUUCUCAGAGUCACGGACUUCUUUUGUCUUCUUAUCAGCUAGUUCUUUUUUAGUAAUUGCCUCUAGUAUAAUCAACACCACACCAAUCUUGGUGAGAACUUGACUAUUUGCUCAAGGUCCCUACUGGCUUCAUAGUGGCUGUUUUUAUUGAACCCUUGCGUUGGUAUUUUUCCAUCCCGCGCCAGUACUGUAGCUUUUCAGCCGAAAUACUCAGUUCUCCCUCCUAUAUUCGCGGUUGGUUGAUUGUGUGCAUACGCUUUUCUGCCUUUGGAGAUCACCUCACGGAGUCAUCCUAGUUUGGACGAAUACGUGCCUCCCUCUGAUGUCAAGUCCGUUCUGUUAAUUUUCUAAAACUGCAUUCCAUUGGGGCGCUAAACUGCCAUUGGUUGCCUCCACCUUCGGCUGUAACUGCAAUUUUGCUCUUUCAUCCACAUCCGGUUUUUUGUGACAUCAGGGGAGCCAAAAUCAAUAGAACAGGAAGGCAUUGUGGGACAUUCGCGAUAGAAGGACAUCAAGGCUUCUUUCAGGCUUAUGACUCAGACAAGUGUGCAGUCUCGCCACUUGAUUUGAGAACCUGUGACUGGACAGUUCGAUCGUCGAUUCCGACGACAUUAAGCAGGGUAGGUUCAGGGAUGGUGACUUGUCUUUCACACAAUGAAUUGCGAGAUGGCUCUUAUCUCAACUGAGUUAGUGUUAUAAAGGCCAUUACAGUCUGACCUCCAGUCCACCAGUCGGCCAUUCAACGCACAAACUGGGCGAGGUCUGAGUUGAAUCAUCAAUUGGUAAUCUUCCAAGCCGCGACUUUUAGCUCACCGUGGAAGUCCCGGGCGCGUUAUAUCAUUUAUAGUGGUGAAUGUGCGCUGAGCCGACCAUACUCUCUUCCCUUCUCUUAGGCGGUAGACGAUUGUCAGAACCGGUCAACCAACUGACGGAGCUAAGAACUGUCCGCCUGCGCGUGGCAUACACAACCUGCCCCCCCCCCCCCUACGGUUAUUUUACACAGAAUUGUUCGCAUGAGGAGGGAGCCGAAGGACACGCUUGCCACUUGCAUGGGAGCUGCCCAGUUCCUUGCUGCAGUGUGCGAUGUUGGAUGUGUGGGGCGUGUGUUGGUGGGGAAGUGUAGCAGCAGCGGACAAUCUGCUGCACCGCUACUAUCUGCAAGCUGAUAGUUUCACUCGUGAAACCCAUCUGUCCAUCCCAGGUUGCGAACGGAAGCACGACUUCGUCCUAUUGCUUGCCCGCGAUGGGGUUUACCUGAUCACCAUCUCUGCUCCUCCCCGGGAUACAGAUCGGCAGUCUAGGCCCCUAUCUGAGCACUCGACAGCAGAUACGUGCGUGACAAGCAUAGCCCAUUCUCUCACAGAUUAUUUGCUUGCGUUUCCCUCUUUACACGGGCAGACGUGCUGUCACCUUGGCCAAAGCAGCGUUCACCGUUCUGUUCACUUACUUGCUUUUACCUCACUGAGAAGCCGCGAGCCAGUAAAAGUGGUUGCCAGUGGUGUCGCGUCAAGAAAACGGAGUAGUGUAACAUGCACGCGACAUCGCUGUGGGGUUCAUUGUGAACUGACAAGCCAAUAGAAAACGAGUGUUUUCACACAUGAGAGCCAUGAUGCGUAAAAGUGCGCAGUGUCGUGUGUGUGCGACGCAUGCAUGUUCUCUUGGCCGCAGAUGAACUCGCAAGUCACAAAGUAGUCUAUUGUGCACUUGGUAUCGUAAACGCUUGGCACUUUCUAACGCGACGAGUUCUCGUGCUACUUCCGGUCAGUUCUGUCGUCAUGAGAAUGAACGUACUGUUUACUACCUAAGGGGUUGUUUAAGAAGUGGUCUGUCGGCCAUCUGUCUGGAUCGCGAACUGCAUUCUACACUUUCAUCUGCGCCUCCACAGUAAGGGCAAGUGGGUACGCCCUGCUCGCCACUGCGGGUUCUGUUUAAGUUGUAGAACCAGUAUUGUUCGCUCCACGGCACAACUACUUCGAAGUAUUUAUGCGGUCCGACACGAUCGAGUUGCAGGAAGCGAGUAGAUCUCAGCCUUGGAUAGCCAGAUGUUUGAGCGAACACAGAACCACUGUUAUAUGCUAACUGGGACGACGCGGGAGAAAGGGUGAUUAUCAGCUAAUUCCAGACGACGGUCGUCCGGAGGUAACGACAAUGGCAAGUCGUAGUAAGCUAUUGAGAUGCGUGCGUUGUAACCUGUUCGCAUCUUUUUUCCCCCUUUUGCAACGUGCGCCGCUGUGCGGCUGCUAGUUGGGCUCGACAGAGAGCCCGUAAGACACAAGGGGACGGGUGAGUUCCGUAAAAACGAUUUAAGAUUGUAUGUUUCCGAUCACAGCCGACAAGACAACGAGCCUGUGUCUCAGGAACUCACUCGUUCCGUUGUGCCUUUCGGCCUCUCGAGCCCAACCAGCAGCUGCACAGCGGCGCAGAAUGGUAUUACCGACAACGGUUAGGGGCGUUUGACUUGUAACUAACAGGUCGCGGGAUCGAGCCCCAGGUGUUGCAAACUUCAGGAUUGGGUAUGGCUGGCUGGCGACAGCUAAUAAGCCAGAAAUGGCCAUCCCAGUCUACCUUGUCUUUGUCGGUAAUACCACUCUGCCAACGUGAUAAUGCCUUAAUAAGUGAUAUUUGAAGACAGGAAUACCGUCUACAGUACCAUGACUAAGUAGAAAGCACAAACGAAUCUGCUUAAAUUGUUUACGAGGGUUUGCUUGGCGUUCUCUUCAAUGGGUUUAACUUCGAACUGCUGAAUUACGGAUUCGAUUAGAAAGUAUUGGCGAACGAGUCCAGGUUUGGAGGUCCAAGGUUGAAAUAUUACACAACACAAUGAGUGUCCAGCUUUUUCACGAUGAUGGAAGUGGACAGAAUAGCUGCCUGGUGCGCAAAAAAGAUAAGAUUGACUCUCUUUGACGAGAAUGUCUACGGUUUCUGCGAUUUCAUUGACUACCAGUACUGUUAAGCCGGUUAGGAUAGAUCUUUCAGGAUGACGGUGCACCAGCGCAUCGAUGUCGCACUGUUUUCAUCAUUUCUAAAGCCCACAACAAAAUCGAAUAUCCACCAUGGCCAGUCGCCUUGAUCUAAUGGAGUACGUCUGAACGGAUGGCCUCCAUUACACCGAAACAGCUGGCGCUCUUGUCCCUUAUAUUGGCCCCUGCGGAUGUGCGGAAGCAAGAACACGUCUCAAGGGCGGUGGACCCUUACCCCCUUUUUCUGGGUCCUGACGAACAGUAUUCAACCACGGCAUACGAUGCGCGCUAAAAUUCUUUAAAAUUUAGUGCUUGAAUACCGUUGUAUGCCUAUCUGUCCAUAAUUGCACGAUUCUGUUGCACCAUCUAUUUCUUUUCAUUCAUUGCUCAUUUUUCUCUGGCGCUCCAGGUUCGCGAUGGCAUCAUGCAAUACCUAAAGGCUGCUGUUGAUGCUUACCAGCCCAAUGACGGUCAGAAGUUAACCGCUCUCGAUCUCAUUCAGGUCACGGUAAGUCACACCGGAUACUGUUGUUUAUAUUCCCAAACUUUGUGUUGCCUUCUCAUCCUUCCCGGACCUCGGCGGUAAACACUUUAGAUCCUCAGGAUCCGGUCCCGACGUUCGAUGACGAUGGCAUCACGACUGUACCCUAACGACUCGAUAAGCGGCAGGGGGACACACGGCUAUUAUGAUCUUGCCACUUAGCCUCAAGCUGACCUUCCCACUCCUAUAACUCCUGUCCACUGAUGAGUUGCAAGUAUAAACGCCUUCCAAUCAUUUUCACGCCACCUGCUGGUCAAAUUCAAGCACACGUUCAAGUGCUGCCCUAGACUACUUUUUGUACUCGAUAAUCGGCACUUUUGUUUAGACCGGCCAUCCUAUUAAAGCCAGAACUGAUAGGAUGUUUGUCAUGAGCGAACGUUAAACUAUCUCUCCCCUCCCCCCUGUGCCUGCACCCCGCCUGUCCGUACGCCCUGAUCUAACGUCCCCCUCCGGACGCUUUAGGCAAGCCUGAUAUACUCUAAGUGACUGAUCUGUUGAGAUUGUAAGGCAAAUCCUGUGUUCAGAAGAUUGUUGACGACAGGAAUCCUCCACUGCAACAGCAACCGACAGUUCGACCAUCGAUUUCGAUGAUGUUCACCGUAUGCCCCACAUACUGCAUUGUGGAGCAGGGACGGUGACUUACGCAGAGAUUUAUAGUGCCAGUAGACUUGCGUAGCAUUUACCUACACUCUCCUCCUCCCCCGCCUGAACCCGGUGUCAAGACCAAGUCAAGAAGACCGGAGACGAGGGAGGCCGCAGGUGGAUGGCUCGGACGGACCUCGCCUUGGCGCUCCACUCCGCACCCCCUGGUCCACACACAAAUGACCAGAAUUUUGACCACAAAACAAUGGGGUGAUGGCAGUGGUCCAGUUGUGCAGCGAUUGCCGUCAACAGGAUCUGCCAGCGCACCCCGCAAAUGUUGGCAUUUGUUAUUGCGCACAAAUAACGCCUGCCAGAGUCCGAUGUGGCCCCCGUGUUGGUCCAGCGCAUCUAACACGUGGCCCGUUUAGAGGGCAAGCAACAGCAACCACCGCCUGUUGCAUAAACACAGUUGGCUCUGGACGCGCUUUCUCCGGAUCUCACUGCACAUAAACCCAGAGGAGACUGCGAGGGCGCGCGGGUCCCUAUGUCACCUAUUCCUCUUCCAUGAAUACCCCUGCAUUCACCUGAACGACGGCACAUUACGACUGACUGCGAGGAAAGACAGGAGCCCAAAAUUUUAUGGCGUCUGACCCCGUGGCGUUUCGAAAGCCACAGGACGUAUGCUAAGACCACUCAAUAUGGGUCUAGGGCGCCAGCCUAAGGCCACUAUUCGUCGCUUGUUCAUGGAGCCCAAAGCUCUACAACGCCUGAGAGGGCACGUCUGGAAUAAUUUAUCUCGUCAACAGUCCAGGCUGUCUGGCCAGCUGCUGCGACAUGACCGGUAAACAGCUAAGAACGCGUAUGCGCGAGCGCGGCCUAGCGGUGGAGCGAUAAGACGUACGACCACAUCUAACUAUGCACAGCCUCGACAAUAGUCAUCGAUUAGCCCUUGACAGUGAUCAAGCCGAUGCAAACCCUUUCAACCACAGAGUCAACCCACCAACACCAUACGAUGCUGUCAGACACCGUUUUCCGCACGAACGAAAGCCCGAUGGUGAACCUAUCAAGAGUGAGACGGAAAGACUUAAGCUUAUGCUUCCCACUUUUUUGUAUCACUGAUGACACGCUCAAGUCAGAGUGCGAAACGUCAGUUGAAUAAACCGUUCUUCCAUCUAUCUCUACACCUGGGGUCAACACCAUGUAUGACAGCUAGUCACUGCACCGAAUUACACCAAUACCUGUGGGCAAUUUAGUUCUCAGACGCACUGGCAAAGUUUCGAACCAAAAACCGUAUGUCAACUUCCAUGUCACCAUAAUAGUCAUUUCGGCUUUGUAAACUCCUCGGUAACUUGAAGUAAGUCAGUCGGAAUGAAGCUUUAUAAGCCCAAUCCGAAAGUUGAUGUGCAUAUUUGAGCUGAAACCCACCAGACACCGCGAAAUAUUCAUAAACCGCCAACAGGCAGUAAGUAGUAUGCAAAUAUAGCAUGAUUUACCAUAUUGACAGCUAGUACCUGUGCUGUCAGUAUGCAUUAUUUGUAUAAUCAUAAUUCAUAUUGAACCAACUGUGAAAAACUCGGCGCCUCGAUGGGAUUCGAACCCACCACAGUAAGAGGAAGGCUUUAGUACAGCCAACACUCUAACCCCUUGAGCUACGAGGCCCCGCUGGACGACGCGAGUUGAAUCACAUUGGGGUCAAGUUAUCCGCCCAACCUACUGCAACGUCUGGAAUCCACCAAAUCUGCUACAGUAAGUUGACUGCCCAAGCAGGAGAUCGUAGGUAAUUCACCCAAAAUCCACCAGAUGACUACCAGGUUCACGUAAUUCAUCGAUGUUUUGGCAGAUUUUGCAUAAUUCAUAUUGACCCAACUGAAAAACGGCGCCUCGGUGGGAUUCGAAGCCACGCAGUACAGCCAAAUCUCUAACCACUUGAGCUACGAGGCCCCGCCGGACGACGCGAGUUUAAUCACAUUUGGGUCAAGUUAUCAGCCCAAUCUACUGCAACGUCUGGAAUCCACCAAAUCUGAUACAGUAAGCUGACUGCCUAAGUAACUCACUUAGAAUCCACCAGAUGACUACCAGGCUCACGUAAUUCAUAGAUGUUUUGGCAGCUUUGGAAUAAUUCAUAUUGACCCAACUGUGAAAAACUCGGCACUUCGGUGGGAUUCGAACCCACGCAGUAAGGGGAAGAUUUUAGUACAGCCAUCUAUGAAUAAUCAUCAUUGUUAACAACCUCAAUCGGAGCUUGUUGUCCCGGGGGACCAUUUUCUCUCCCAGCGUUAUAUGAAAUUUAACUAACAACGACGGCUAAUAAGCCAGAAAUGGCCAUUCCAGUCUCCCUUGUCUUUGUCGGUAAUAUCAUUCUGCCUAUAUAUCAUGCGCCGCUGUGCGGCUGCUGGUUGGGCUCGAGAGAGAGAGCCCGUAAGGCACAACGGGACGAGUGAGUUACGUAAGAACGAUCGGUGAGCGCCCCCUACCAUUAUAUAUUCCCGAUCGAAACCAACAGGGCAACGGGCUCGUGGCCCAGUGGUUAUAUGCGUGGGUUUCUAACUAACAGGUCGCGAGUUCGAGCCUCGGGUGUUCCACACUUCGGGGUUGGGUAUGACCGACUGACGACGGCUACUAAGCCAGAAAUGGCCAUUACAGUCUCCCGUGUCUUUGCCGGUAAUACUAAUCCCUCUCCCUUCCUGCCGCCCUCUCACUUCUCCCCGAAAGUUCCAAUGUUGCGGUUACGAGAGUUCCAACGACUACCUGAAGAAACUUCAGAGUGUGCCGCAGUCCUGCUGUGCGUACGGCGACUGUGUUGCAAUCGGCGCCAACCUCUCCUCUGACCUGCCCGUAAGUCACCCAAGCCUCAUUUCUGGCCUAAAAGAGCAUUCUUUUGUGCGGGCUGACGCCGAGCAUUCUUCGUUUUCAGGGUUGCAAGCAUCGAGCCAUCGACAUUGAGAGCCGGACCCUCAUUAUCUGUGCUGUCAUCAUCGCCCUAGCUCUGAUCCAGGUGAGACACUACCCACAGCCCCUUUCUUUCUCAAUUUGAACGGUUUUUCGCACAGGCUGGAGCGCUUAAGAAGCUCAUCUCUCGAACCUGUCCUGUCCUGUCUUGAAGCAUGUUCUUUUUUGUGAGGACGUCGAGGUCUUUGCCGAUUUACCAGACCAAAGCAGCAGUGAGUAGGAAUGGCUAGCCAUCAGGGUUCUAAAGGCGGUCUGUAACGAUCAAUGUUCGGUUCUUGGGUUUAAGGACUGUGCGCGUAUGCAAUGCCACGUUUCAGCAAACCAUGGCUCUCACAGCCUGGUGUGUGCUGGCAGUUCUCUGGCACCUGAUUCUCUGCUGGUGAAUGCGUUCACGUUCUCGCUAGGUAUACAGGCCGUGCGCAUGGUUGCCCAGCGACCUGUGUCAUCAUCUAACCCACUACUGUUGUUAAAAUCUUGCUCAAGUGUUUGUUGUGGACCAGGGGGUGUAGUGGUACACCUAUCUGCGGGUUCGGCUGCGCCAGCCACCUGCGCCCUCUCCGGCCUUCAGUUUUUUGACUACGUCUUGAUACUAGGGCUCAGGCGGGAUAGGAGGUGAGAGUGUGGUAGAUGCUGUGCAAGUCUACUGCUACCAUGAAUUAAUCCAGCGCAAGCCGUCGUGCCUGCUCUCACCUUACUAUGGAGCACACGGUGGACAUCGUCAGCAACGACGGUCGGACCGUCAAGUGGUGUGGCUGACCCGGUCAGUGGCGGUUCACUCAGAAUUGUAAGUAUAACGCUUUACAUGCUUGAGUUCAGUCCUGUUGUUUGGCGUUGAAGAUAAAAGUGCCCUUGGAGGAACCGCUUUACUCUGAUAAUGCAGGUUUGCCGACAACUUAACGCGCUGUGCCAGCCAUGCUAUGACUGGUCAGCUCGUUUUGUGAAAUCGUAGGCAGCACACCCUUCUCUACCUUGCCUUCCGAGCAUUCGGUUACGAGCGAGGACGCCCUGACUGGCUGACUGACGCGCGCGCGCGCUCGAAAAUUUUGUCGCAUGGUUCGCGAAAAUUCUCUGCUGUGGUGGUUUGCUGUUCGCGCUUGCUGCGGAGCUACUAACUCCCGGACUGUCGUCUUUUCUAACCAAAAAGUCCCAUUAGCGCAAUGCUUUUUGCGCAAUCAGUACGACCUUAGUCGACCCAGGGGCCCCAAGGGCAGCCGUUGCAAUAAAGCAAAACUUCUUAUUGCGGGACCUGUCAAGUGCUGGGACUGCCUUUGCUGAUCUGUCCUAGGAGAACACUGCGUCCUGAAAAUGCCAAGCGAGAAGGUGGCGUGCGUACGUCGACCUCGACCGAUUUGACUUGCAAACAGAGCGUCUUUUCGUGAGCGCAGGCUCUAGUCCUCGCACUCUUAAUGUGCGGAGUUAAUAUCAAUGGUGGGGGCGCUCACCGGUCGUUCUUACGGAACUCACUCGUUCCGUUGUGCCUUAUGGGCUCUCACGCGAGCCCAACCAGCAGCCGCACAGUGGCGCAUGACAUAGGCAGAAUGGCCUUACCGACAAAGACAAGGGAGACAGGAAUGGCCAUUUCUGGCUUAUUAGCCGUCGUCAGCCAGUCAUACCCAACCCCGAAGUGUGGAACACCCGAUCAAAACCGACAUGGCAACGGGCUCGUGGCUCAGUGGUUAGAGGCGUGGACUUCUAACUAACAGGUCGCGAGUUCGAGCCUCGGGUGUUCCACACUUCGGCGUUGGAUAUGACUGGCGGAGGACGACUAAUAAGCCAGAGAUGGCCAUUCCAGUCUCCCUUGUCUUUGUCGGUAAUGCCAUUCUGGGGUUAAUAUCACCAUUACCAUAAAAAUACAUGAACUUUGUUACAGGCUAAGGUUGCAUUUGCCGGCGAAAAAUGUACGUAGUACUGCGGAUACAGUAGAUGGAAGAGGAACAGACAAAGUGGCUUCGUGGAAAGAGAAGCACUACCAAUAACGGGGAAAGUUCGCUUUAUUUCCUGCUUGUGUUUGGUACGUUUUCAAAUAUGCCUGACUUAUCCGGCCUCUGAUUUCCAACCAGACGCCUUUUGGUUGGGAUCUGGCCUCGUCACCUCUAAUCGGGAAUAAUGGUCAAUAGGUGAUAUACACUGAUUCGAUAAGUGAGGAAGAAGACUGGUCGAGCUCCGGAACAGUGGUUAUUGUGCUGCGCUUUCGAACUCAUGCAGGAGUCCAUCAUCGGAGACAGCAGCAACAACAAGACGAGCGAAAGUUAUAGAGCGUUCUAGCCAAUCGCCGAUUGGGAUGAUUGCUCAGAGCUCUGUACGCCCGCCCUAGAUCGAUUGACUGAGUACUCAUCGGAGGCCCGGGUUUCAAUCACUUUGCGGCCUGAUUGACUAGCACGACCAAUAAUUGUUGCCCGUUCUAGGCAAGAGACAGGGACAAAGGGAGACUGGAAUGGCCAUUUCUUGCAUAUUCGCCGUCGUCAGCUAGUCAUGCCACCCCCGAAGUUUGAAACACUUGGGCUCGAUCCCGCGGCCUGUUGGUUAGAAGUCUAACGCCUCUAACCGCUGAGCCACGGGCUCUUUGUCCUAUCGGCUGCGAUCGGGAAUGUACAAUGGUAGAGGGACGCUCACCGAUCGUUUCUACGGACCUCACUCUUGUCUAUGUCAUGCACCAUUGUUCGGCUGCUGGUUGGGCUCGAGAGAGAGAGCCCUAAGGCACAAAGCAGGACGAGUGAGUCCCGUAGAAACGAUUGGUGAGCGCCCCUCUACCCCUGUUGCCCGUUCUGUUAUUCAUACUAUCUCCGACGAUGGACUCCUUCAUGAGUUCAAAAGCUCAGAAAAAUAAACAGACUCUUCCGAUGCUCAACCAGUCCUCUUCCUCACUUACACACACACCUGGAACUCGAACUUUCGCCUCCACACUGAAACCAUCCCGGUGGCUUGCUAUAUCCACGCGGUGACGUCUCGGUGAAUGCGACUUAAGACGAGGCGUACAUGCCUCAAUCAAAGGAUUGUCCUCUGACGGCGGUUGUAAAGAAACUCAACUUCCCACACGCGAGAUGAGCUCGUCUCUCCGUAGCCACUAAGAUCACCACCACCACCGCCUUGCCAGGAAGGGCGCAGUGGUAAUUUGCGCGUGAGCUUGCUGAAACGGGCUUGUCUAGCGCCUAUCUCACUCAUUCCACAAUCACCACAUUCGAAUGGCAGAGCUAAGACGAUCGAGAAUAUGCGCGGGUGUAUUGGCUGAUGAGGCGGAAGUGACUUUUGCGCUCUUGACCCUUGUUGACCUGCCUUCAAAGAGGGGGAUAUCGGAUCUAUCAUGCAGGACAGUUGUCAUAAAGAACGCACUAAAGAGAGAGAGGGGGGCCAUCGAAGUCUGAACCUCGUCUGACAAAGGAGCCAAGUUCUGCCCAGCCCUUCGAGACCCACUAGGUGACGCGAUUAAUUAUCAUGAUCAGAAGGCUCUCUGUUCUGUCUCACAUGUAUCAGUGGCCUGUCGACCGCCGAGGAUCGGAUUGGACGCCACUGACCCAGCGCGAAUAGCUGGAAGAAUAUCUCCAGGCCGUACCAAAGGCGUUCAUAUCUAUUAGGUACUCGGAGGUGAAGUUCGUGAUGGUUCAGUCAGUUCAACUACCUACAGCGGUGGUAUUUCCUACCGAUGGAAGGAACCACUUGCAUCAAGCCGCAUGUGCGCCACCGUUGUACGAAAAUACAUUGGAAUCUUUCGGCAGCGGUAGAGGUCGCUGAGUCCGAAAACGUCUCCACGACUCCCAUGCCGUCUCGAGGAAGCUGUUCAUGUUCGGUGACCAUUGCACCCUUUCGUCUAAUUGAUGCGCUCCUGCCCUUCUUGCGCCAGCACGUAUUCAAACGACAUUAUGAAGGCUUGUAUUAAGUACCAGAAGUUAGGUUGCUCACCACUUUGCCCUGGUCCGCACUUAUGGUUGAACAUCUUCACCAUCGUGUAUGACUUCGUCUGAAAGUAUUGGCCGAACUUCAAGUGGAGCCACUGAUAGUGGCCUUGAGGGGUCUGGUCAUCCGAGUUCAAGGGCUUGACCUAAAGUUCGCUGGAUUUAUAUCCGAAACCGCGCGGAGAAACACAGAUCAGCUGGAGUUCCCGCAAUUGCUGUAGAUCAUCAAUUUCUGACCUUUGGGUAAGAUCUGUGUUUGAGUCGUAGUGAAGUAAUUUAUUUGUGUAUAUUUGUUUCCACUCACCAACUGUUUCAUUUCUGUCAUUCCAGUUGGUCGGCCUGGUCUUCUCCAUGAUCCUCUGCUGUGCUGCAAAGGACAGACACUCCCGGACUCACUACCAGCCCGUGCAGAGUUAG